AUGAAAAGCUUCUUAGAACACUUCGGUGACCAGGUCUCUCGCGUAAAGGCACACAUGUACUCAGUCCUCACUGAGUUCGUCCCUGUAGCAUGUAACCCAGACAACAGUGGCUACCUCCGGGUAAUCGAAGGCUCCAACAACCUUAACCCGAACGUGAUAGAAGAAGCCCGCUGGAUCAAACCCCCGGAACGCAGAGCGAAGGGUCAAAAAGUCGCUCACCUCAUCGUACGCUUCAACAACCCAAGUGCCGCUAACCGUGCCAUAUGCAAUGGCCUCGUUAUAGCCAGUAAACAGGUCUCGGCGAGGAAGCUGAUCCGGGAGCCCCGCCGCUGCUUGAAGUGUCAACAGAUUGGAGUCCCGCACCUAGCUAGCGACUGCAAGCAGAUCCACGACACCUGCGGAAACUGCACCUCAAUCUCCCACAAGACCUCUGCAUGCGAAGCAGACCCCACAGACUUCAGAUGCAGCAACUGCAUCCGGGCAGGACGUGCAAAUGCUGACCAGGCGGCUUGGGACCAUGACUGUCCAGUUUUCCUGGAGCACUGCCACCGCAUGGAAGACCACCAGCCAGAAGCAAAAUAUCAUUUCUUCCCCACUGAAGACCCAUCGACCUGGGAACUAACAGGACAACCACUGUUGCAAGCCGCUCCCCCCCGCCACCGUACCCUCGCACCUGUACCCAUGGAACCACCUUUGCAGAACUGGGCGGACGAGGCAGACAACCUCCACCCACAACCCAACCUUUUUCCUCGCCCGUCGCAAGCCCGCUGGGCCAGUGAAGCAAGAAGCUCCCAGGAUGCAUCACAGCCAUGGCCUCAACUCCACCAGAUGUUUAUACACCGCUCGGGGUCCUGA